AUGUGGGAGCAGGUCAGGAGAGCUCUGCUGAACUUGCUGUCCACGACCUUCCUGCGCGUUUGGAAGUGGGUACAGGCUUUCUGGCGUAAAAAUGGCCUCUUGACCCUGUCAAUGCUGUCGGUUGCCACCGGGUGCCUUCUGGGGUUCCUGCUUCGGGUGCUGGAGCUGACGGAGCUGUUUAUUUUUGGGAGCAGUGUGGUCUCCAUCCUGGCCAGCAUAGAGAUGCUGGCUUGUCCCAGCCAACCGUUCUCCUGCCUGCAGAUCCUCAUGUCUGGGCUGGCCACCAUGGACUCCAAGGCCUGUGGGAAGAUGGGGGUGAUCACCCUCACCUACUACCUUUGGACAACCUUUGUGGCAGUGACUGUCAGGAUCAUCCUUGUGGUCACCAUCCACCCCGGCGCAGCUGCCCAGAAGGACAACUACUCUGUGGGGAAAGUGGUGCUCAGAUCUGCUGAUGCAUCACUGGAUUUAAUCAGAAACAUGUUUCCUUCUAAUCUCAUUGAAGCUUCGUUCCAGCAGUAUCGAACUGUUCUUGUCCUGGUGGUAAAGUCACAUGGCUUUCCAAAGAUCCCAGGGAAAUCUCUCAGUUUUAUCUACUUUGCACCCAACGACAAAAACCCUGAGAUUCAUCGGCCUGUGUUCCUCGAGCUGAUGCUGUUGCCCGAGAUGACCUACAGGACCCUGCCCGGGACCAGCAAUGAGAUGAAUGUCUUGGGAAUUGUCAUCUUCUCAGCAACAAUAGGACUUCUCCUGGGGAAAAUGGGCGAGUGAGGAACUCCACUGAUGAACAUGUGCCAGUGUCUGAAUGAAGCAGUUAUGAAAAUUGUCUCGAUGGCAGUUUGGUACUUCCCCUUUGGCAUUGUACUUCUCAUAGCUGGAAAGAUUCUGGAUAUGGAAGAUCCAUGAGUUAUAGGACAGAAGCUGGGACUGUAUGUCAUUACAGUUGCGUCAGGGCUAAUCAUCCAUGAACUCAUUCUCUUACCUCUGCUUUUUGCACUCAUCACCAGGAAAAACCCCUUUGCUUUCAUUCAGGGGAUACUGCAAGCCUUGCUGAUUGCCUUAGCUACAUCUUCCAGCUCAGCAACCUUGCCCAUCACCCUGAAGUGUCUCCUGGAAAACAAUGGAAUAGACAGACGUGUGGCACGAUUCGUCCUCCCUGUCGGUGCCACCAUCAACAUGGAUGGCACAGCGCUGUACGAAGCGGUGGCUGCUAUCUUUAUUGCCCAGGUCAAUGAAUAUGACUUGGAUUUGGGACAAAUUAUAACGAUAAGCAUAACAGUGACAGCAGCCAGCAUAGGGGUGGCCGAGAUCCCCCAGUCUGGGCUCAUUACAAUGGUCAUCGUGCUAACUUCUGUCGGGCUGCUGACCGAUGAUAUCACACUCAUCAUCGCAGUCGACUGGGCACUGGAUCGAUUUCGAACUAUGACCAACGUCCUUGGUGAUGCUCUGGCUGCCAGCAUCAUAGCACAUGUCUGUGAGAAAGACUUUGCCCCAAAGCCCCCAGCGCAAGAUCCAGUAAGCACCACGGCCAAGUCUCCUGUAGAGACCUCACAUCCGCAUCCCAGAGAUAAUGUGAUCAGAAUGAUUGAAGAUUUGUUCGAUCAGACAGGAGUUCAUUAUAACAUCUGUCAGGUGUAG